ACCCUCCACACCGCCGUCAUACGUCCACCCUGAGAUCAUAUACCACUUCCAGGAUGACCCACCGCUAGCCCUCGUCCCCGGCAACACCUCCCUCGGAGCGUCCAUCCACCCACUGGGAACGUCGAUCUUCUCCCCUGGGUACGCGUCAAUAGCCAGUCCUGCAGCGGUACGAGAAGACGAGAAGGAAGUGCUGGUCAUGGAUUGGGAUCCUGCUUUGGUCUCUGCAGGGCAGGCACCAGUAGUACGCAGUCUCACCUCGGGGAUUGCGGUCCGAGGAGUGAAGGUAGAUUGGGAGGGUGUACCUGCUGGAUGGGCAGGGGGAGAGGGGAUGCUGGUGAUCGAUACUCUUGGAUUGGGGGAGACCGAAGACAUCCAAGGGAAGGAAUUACUAGGAGACCCCAUGGUAGCUCUUCAGCGGCUCACUCAGCGGAACGCGCUUGUUCGAGAGGCGCUCGAUUACCGGGCGUCGCCUCUGCCUGCGAUGGGAGAGGACCCGCCGUCACCGGACUUGGACACGGGGGAGAGGGACACGGUGAGCGUUUCCCCCGGGAGCACUGUUUGAAUGAGCCAAGUGGGGUGUAACGUGUAGACUGUAUUUUGUUAACUGUUGUGGGGAGGUGCUUGAUCAGUCGAUAGGCAUGGCAGAUGAUGUCAUUCGGUGCUUCUUUGAGAUAAAUAUUAUUUCA